CCUUUCCGGCUCUCGGCCGGCUCUCGCGAGACUUGAGGAGAGUGGGAGCGCGGGGGCCGGCUGCGAGGAAAGCUGGAGCCGCGGGAGGGGAACAUGUCGGAGUCAGACCUCGGCAGGAAGUGGGACCGGUGCAUGGCGGAUGCGGUGGUGAAGCUAGGUACUGGUUUGGGAUUAGGAAUUGUUUUCUCACUUACCUUCUUUAAAAGAAAAAUGUGGCCAUUGGCCUUUGGUUCAGGCAUGGGAUUGGGGAUGGCCUACUCCAACUGCCAGCAUGAUUUCCAGGCUCCAUAUCUUCUACAUGGAAAAUAUGUCAAAGAGCAGGAGCAGUGACGCACACUGAGAACAUCCCAGUGGGAGGACAAGAGAAAUCAAGUUUAUUCCUCAGGAAUACUGAAGUGCCCUGGAGUUAGCUGACAUUUCUUCUGGAACAAUGUUAUCAGUAAUGCUUUAAACUCCAGCACACUGUUUAUGUAUUUGAAACCAAGUCUGUUUCUUGUUUUGUAUUUUCUCUCUGGAAAAUGUAAGGAGGUGAUCUUAAAUAAAUUUAAACAAAAAUGGGAA